AGUGCACUCGCCCGCCGCGCUCCGCCAGCCCCACUGGCCGCCUGCCCGCCGGGUGGGCCCCGAGCGAGCCGCUGACGCCCCCCGAGAGGGUCAUGAGCUUGAGCGCCCCGGGGCGCCGCGCAGAAAGCGAGCGAAGAUAGCGACCUCGCGCCCCCCCAGACCCAGCCGCCUGGCCGCGCGUCUCCCGCGUCCCCAGACCCUUCUGUCCUUUCCUCGGACCCCGCCGCCGCCAUGGCCACCCUGCUCCGCAGCAAGCUGUCCAAUGUGGCCACGUCCGUGUCCAACAAGUCCCAGGCCAAGGUGAGCGGCAUGUUCGCCAGGAUGGGUUUCCAGGCGGCCACGGAUGAGGAGGCGGUGGGCUUCGCGCAUUGCGACGACCUCGACUUUGAGCACCGCCAGGGCCUGCAGAUGGACAUCCUGAAGACCGAGGGCGAGCCGGGCGGGGACGAGGGCGCCGAGCCGCCCGUCGAAGGAGAUAUCCAUUACCAGCGCGGGGGCGGCGCGCCCCUGCCGCCCUCGGGUUCCAAGGACCAGGCCAUGGGGGCUGGUGGCGAGUUCGGGGGACAAGACAAGCCCAAGAUCACGGCGUGGGAGGCGGGCUGGAACGUGACCAACGCCAUCCAGGGAAUGUUCGUGCUGGGCCUGCCUUACGCCAUCCUGCACGGCGGCUACCUGGGCUUGUUCCUCAUCAUCUUCGCCGCCGUCGUGUGCUGCUACACUGGCAAGAUCCUCAUCGCCUGUCUGUACGAGGAGAACGAGGACGGCGAGGUGGUGCGUGUGCGGGACUCUUACGUGGCCAUCGCCAACGCCUGCUGCGCCCCGCGCUUCCCCACCCUGGGCGGCCGCGUGGUGAACGUGGCGCAGAUCAUCGAGCUGGUGAUGACUUGCAUCCUGUACGUGGUGGUCAGCGGCAACCUCAUGUACAACAGCUUCCCGGGGCUGCCCGUGUCGCAGAAGUCUUGGUCCAUCAUCGCCACGGCUGUGCUGCUGCCCUGCGCCUUCCUCAAGAACCUCAAGGCCGUGUCCAAAUUCAGCCUGCUGUGCACUUUGGCUCACUUCGUCAUCAACAUCCUGGUCAUCGCCUACUGCCUGUCGCGGGCGCGCGACUGGGCCUGGGAGAAGGUCAAAUUCUACAUCGACGUCAAGAAGUUCCCCAUCUCCAUUGGCAUCAUCGUGUUCAGCUACACGUCGCAGAUCUUCCUGCCUUCGUUGGAGGGCAACAUGCAGCAGCCCAGCGAGUUCCACUGCAUGAUGAACUGGACGCACAUCGCCGCCUGCGUGCUGAAAGGCCUCUUCGCGCUCGUGGCCUACCUCACCUGGGCCGACGAAACCAAAGAGGUCAUCACCGAUAACCUGCCCGGCUCCAUCCGCGCUGUGGUCAACAUCUUCCUCGUGGCCAAGGCGCUGUUGUCCUACCCACUGCCCUUCUUCGCAGCGGUCGAGGUGCUGGAGAAGUCCCUCUUCCAGGAAGGCAGCCGCGCUUUCUUCCCCGCCUGCUACGGUGGGGACGGGCGGCUGAAAUCGUGGGGGCUGACCCUGCGCUGCGCCCUGGUGGUCUUCACGCUGCUCAUGGCCAUCUACGUGCCACACUUCGCGCUGCUCAUGGGUCUCACCGGCAGCCUCACGGGCGCGGGCCUCUGCUUCCUGCUGCCCAGCCUCUUCCACCUGCGGCUGCUCUGGCGCAAGCUGCUGUGGCACCAAGUCUUCUUCGACGUGGCUAUCUUCGUCAUCGGCGGCAUCUGCAGCGUGUCUGGUUUCGUGCACUCGCUCGAGGGGCUCAUCGAGGCCUACCGAACCAACUCGGAGGACUAGCGCGCCCAGGCGAGCCGGGGCCCCGCUCCAGGGCGCUCACGCGCUCCCUCCCCAACCCUCCCCCGCCCCACCAGCCCCGCUCUCCCUGCCGUGGCGCUUGGGAAGCCAAGCUUUAAACAUCUCCGGUUCCUAGUUUCUGAUUAUUGGGGAUGGGGGGGGGAGGGUGGGAGGGAUAGGGAUCCACAAUCCAUCGCGUCUGCGUUUCUGUUGUCCUUUUCCACAACACCCAGGUUUCCGGGGGAGGUGCGGGCGCAUUUGUGGGCAGGCAUUUCUGUCCAUCUAGGAGGAGCCCCGACCCUUUGGUCCCAGUCUCCGAGGGGGUGGGAAGGGAGGGAGAGGGGGAGCAGCCGCAGGCGCAGAAAUUUGACCUUGGGGAGGGGGGACAUUUCACAGUCGUCCAGUGCUCGGAAUAUCUGCAACGUCCAGCCAUUUCCAGCAAGAGUGCUUCCCAUUUCCCAGACAGCUCAACCCUGCGGCGGGAAAGGCAGGCCGGGAAAUCCUUUUCGGGUGGCGAUUUCCUUCGGUGCAGCAGGGAGACAGGAGCCUAGGUGGGCCGUCUUGCCUGCCGGUUUUCAGGAAUUCAAACUCAUCUUGUGCAAUUUAUCAGGUUGUGGAACUGUUCUACUGUGCGUGUGGUGUGCUCGUGGUGAAUAAGAUGAAAUGUAUAUCAGAAAAAAAUCUAUCUCUAAUUUAGAGUGCGGUGCAUAAUUAUAUCCGCAAAUAAAGACGUUCCAAA